AUGAACAAGAAUGUCAUUAAAGCAAAGGAUUUUACUCUUCAAGAAUCCGCCGAUAGCUCUCAUCUUGCCGCACUCGCUAAGCACUUCGAAGGCACUGGAAAGAAUCUCAGCGUCUCAGCUGUCCUGGACCCGCCAACCGCAUGGGCCUGGAAAUCUGGGGACUACAAGACUACCAAGUGGAGGCCACAGGGAAUCACCAGCUCCGCCGAUGCAUUCGGAAAAGGUGACUGGAACAACCAUAAGGCUUGGAUCGUGAGCUGGUACCAAACUGGAGACAGCGUUCGAGUCAGCUUUGUUGAUCGCAAAACAAACAAAUACCGCCAUGCUCUCCUUGUCUACCCGAGCGCCGAUGAUGACUUCAAAUCUAUUACUAUCCAUGCUGGAGGGAUUAUGUGGUACGGCAACUUGCUGUACGUUGUCGAUACCAACAACGGGAUCCGCGCUUUCGAUCUUGACAAUAUCUGGGAAGUCGAUAUUGCGGAUGGUGUUGGGAAGAAUGAGAAGGGAUACUCUGCGGAUGGGUAUCGAUAUGUUCUUCCCCAAAUCCGCGACUCGCCCGAUACUCUCCUAGUUGGUGAAUUCGUUCGCGAUGGUGAAGUCGACAAGAACAGAGACCCGGUGCCCAUUCGAUUGGUCAAGUACCAGCUGGACUCGACCACCCGCCGACUGCGCACAGACGAUAAGGGUCUGGCUACAGCUAGCUGGGCUCAUUGUGUCGAUAUUCUCAAGGUGCAGGGUGCUGUCUCGUAUGAUGACAAGUUCUACCUCUCACGCAGCAAUGGCCGUAACCCUAAGGCUGGCGACCUGUUUACUUGGAAGGAGGGCAAGACGGCAAAGGAAUAUCCUGGUUGGUUCAUGGCUGGCAAUGAGGAUCUGAGCUAUAACCCAGUGCGAAAGGAGUACUAUACAGUCACGGAAUACGACGGCGGGCGCUAUAUCUUGUCUUACAAGGCAUAA